CUUGCCUUACUACUCGUCUUUCGGCAGAUCUCUGGAAAAGUGCAAUCAUGACUAAGAACUGCAACAAUGAUUACAAGAUGAAGUUCUCUCUAGAGGAGGAGUUCCCUGACCUCUCUCAGCACAACCACCACAUGUCCAAGGUCCUGAAUAAGGACAUCUCCAACAAACUCAGGAGCAAGUCAAUUCCCAGUGGAUUCACCCUGGAUGACUGCAUCCAGACUGGUGUGGACAACCCUGGCCACCCCUUCAUCAUGACUGUCGGCUGUGUGGCUGGUGAUGAGGAGUCCUACGAAGUCUUCAAGGACUUGUUUGACCUCAUCAUUUCUGACCGUCACGGUGGCUAUAAGCCCACCGACAAGCACCAGACUGAUCUGAACUGGGAGAACCUGAAGGGUGGUGAUGACCUUGACCCCAACUACGUUCUGAGCAGCCGUGUGCGUACCGGCCGCAGCAUCAAGGGAUUCACCCUGCCUCCCCACAACAGCCAUGGUGAGCGUAGAGCUGUGGAGAAGCUGUCCAUUGAAGCUCUGAACAGACUGGACGGCGAGUUCAAGGGCAAGUACUACCCCCUGAAGGACAUGACUGAUAAGGAACAGGAGCAGCUCAUUGCUGACCACUUCCUGUUUGACAAGCCCGUGUCCCCCCUGCUGUUGGCUGUUGGCAUGGCUCGCGACUGGCCUGACGCAAGAGGCAUCUGGCACAAUGACAACAAGUCUUUCCUGGUGUGGGUGAAGGAGGAGGAUCACCUGUGUGUCAUCUCCAUGCAGAAGAGUGGUAACAUGAAGGAAGUCUUCAGGAAGUUUUGCAUUGGCCUGCAGGAGAUUGAGGAUAUCUUCAAGAAGCACAACCAUGGGUUCAUGUGGAACGAGCAUCUUGGUUUCAUCCUGACCUGCCCCUCUAACUUGGGUACCGGCCUGCGCGGUGGUGUGCAUGUCAAGCUGCCCAUACUCAGCACACAUGCCAAAUUUGAGGAGAUCCUGACCAGACUGCAUCUUCAGAAGCGGGGCACAGGUGGUGUUGACACUGCAUCUGUCGGCUGUGUGUUCGACAUCUCCAAUGCUGACCGUCUGGGCUCCUCCGAGGUGCAGCAGGUACAGCUGGUGGUUGAUGGUGUGAAACUCAUGGUCGAAAUGGAAAAGAAACUGGAGAAGGGCGAGUCCAUUGAUAAUAUGAUCCCUGCCCAGAAGUAAAAUGGUGCUUUUCUUUUUUUAUUUGUUCUUUCAUGCAGUCAUGACGUAUUGAUUUUUCCAAGAGACACUCCACCCUGCUCACUUUUUUCCAACUGUUUUCCUUUUGUCUUUUUUCCCUGCACUUUUCCUUCUUAUCUUCAUGUUCCUCCUGUAACUUCCUGGGAUCAAACCUUCACAUAGCUAGAAAACCUUAGCUAUGUUGUAUUCACCGAAACAUUCUUGUUGUACAAAUUUAAUAAAUGGCCCCAUGUAAUAAUCAUCCUUUGUUUUAAGCCUUUAUAUUCUUGACAGGUCUUGAUUUGUACCCCCAGACACAGAUGUUAAUUACUUAAUGUAUAUGUAUUUAAUGUAGAACACAAUUGUGGAGGAUCCAUUCAAACUCUCAAAGCUGAACAUCAAUACACACUUUCAUGAAUACAAUCUAAGCUGACCCGAAAGUCAUUGUGAGCACUAAAAGAUGAGUCAUUUGUGGAGAAUAGCACAAUGACUGUCAACAAUAGUUCAAGCAUGGUUUGCCAUUUCUUUCAGUUAUUAUGAAGCCAGAUCAUGUUGGUUUGAAUUAUAACAAGUUAGAAUGCUUGCAAAUCAUACACAAUAUAUUUAAACCUGAAAUGCAAUAUAUCAAUAGAAAUUGCUGGAAAAAAGGCAAAAAGUUUUAGACUAACACACUUACAGCAAA